CGCUGUGUUGUGGGUGGAGCGCUGUUUUGAAUGACAGGUUGAAGCGAUACAGUAGGAAGUAGCUCUGAAACGAAGGUUUGAAGGGGAGUUGUGUGCAUUAGCUAGCUAUCUAAACAAGGGAACUAGCAAGCAUACAACCAACGAUGUCUCCAGAGGAACUCACCUAUCUUGGAAUCCUUGCCAUCUGCAUACCUGUGGGAUUUCUGUUUCGCUAUCUGAGUCCUCCAGUCAAACAAGGGGCAGCUUUGCUCCUGGGCUUAUCCAUUACUAUAGCAAUCUGUGGGAUUUACACUCUGCACUCACUGAUCACCAUUCUAGGAACAUGGGCUAUCAUAAAGUUCAACUGGAGGAGUGCGCCCCAUCUUUCCCUGGGCUGGACCUUUCUGUACCUCUUGUUUUUCCGGUUGGGCACCUUGUUUGGCUUACCACCAUCAUCACCGUUUGCUAAUGCAGUCCAACUUCUUCUCACACUGAAGAUGGUCAGUCUAGCCAAUGAGGUGCAGAGUUUUCGCCUGAUGAAAAAACAGGAUGUGAGCUCAUUUUCCAAGUCCUCUGUGAUUGGAGGACUUUCCCAAGAGCCUUCGUUUUAUGAUAUAAUUUCCUAUAGCUACUGUUACAUUGGAAUGAUGACAGGCCCAUUCUUUCGUUAUCAAACCUACGCUGACUGGAUUCAGCAGCCAAACCCCACCUCUCUCCCUGGCUGUGAGCCCUGCCUCCGCCGCCUGCAAUUUGUGCCCAUGUACGGAGCCCUCUUCCUGUUUGUGAACUUCUACUUCCCCCUGGCUUACGUGCGCACAGAUCAGUUCCUAGAGCAUCACUUCUUCUUCAGGUUGUUCUACAUGACGGCAGUGUUCUUCGUGUUCCGGAUGCGGUUCUACGCAGCCUGGUGCGGUGCAGAAGCGGGCUGCAUCAGUGCAGGGCUGGGCUGCUACCCGGAAGGAGCCAUGUCCAAGCCCGGCGGGGGGCCCACUGUGCAGCACAGCCCUGAUCCCGAUUCACCCGUUGUUUACGACUUCAAAACCAUCCAGAACAUUGACUGCUACAACACUGAAUUCUGUGUGAAAGUGAGACAUGGAAUGAGAUACUGGAACAUGUCCGUGCAGUGGUGGCUACAUCACUAUAUCUACCCCAACAGUCCUUUCAAAGGAUACACGCUCAAAGCUGCGUGGACCAUGUUUAUCAGCGCCUACUGGCACGGUCUCCAUCCUGGCUACUACCUCUCCUUCCUCACUAUUCCACUCUGCAUGGGGGCAGAGUCUGCCCUGGAGAGUACCGUUAGAGCCAGACUGGGGCCCGCUGGACAAAACAUCUUCGACUGGGUUCACUGGUUCUUCAAGAUGAGAGCUUACGAUUACAUGUGCAUGGGUUUUGUUUUGUUAGGUUUCUGGGACACUAUCCAUUAUUGGACCACUAUAUAUUUCUGCAUCCAUGUCAUUGCACUCGGGUGCAUAUUGCUGGGGAAGGCUUUGAUGGUGAAAAAAGUGAAAAAAGACGAGAAGCUAAAAGAGGAGGUGAGAGAAUAGAAUGAUCAAUGAGAUGGAGGGGGAACGGUAGAGAUCAUGGUAACUGAACUACAACUCCCAACAAGCACUGUCAGAUCUGAAAUAGAACAAACUUGGGAGUCGUGAUGUGCAUAUUGUAAUUAUUAUGGAAAUUGGUUUUACAAUGGAGGCAUCAAGUUACAAAUCAUACAGGCGUAUAUGCACACAUUCACACAUACACCACACACAUAUGUACUCACUCACUCACGCACAAACAUAUGCAUCUGUGCAUGUACAGUGCUGUGCAAAAGUCUUAGGCACCCUAGAUUUUUUUUUUGUUUUCCACAUUUGUCUGCCCAUAGAAAACAGUAAAUUUGAGAUUUCCAAACAAAAAUUCUAUGUUAGAGAGAACAUUAUUAAGUAAUAGACCAGUUUUCAGGUAUAAACUGUGCCAAGUUCUCCACUAUGUUUGAACAACCUACCAGCUGAUUCUCUUUUUAAGCUACAGGACUGUCUACCUUAGAUAAGUGAUGCAGUUUUGAAGGUGAAGAGUGGUCACAACAAAUAUUGAUUUGAUUUAAAUGGAACUAUUUACUGCUUUUUAUCGUUUACAUUUUUAUAGUAAAUUUCGUUUUAUUUCAUUUUUUAUUUUCAUUUUUUACAUUACUUUUACACAGUACUGUAUGUGUGUCUAGGACAGGGUCGAGCCACAUCAGUUAUUUUCAUGUUUUAGAAGAGUGACAUUGCAAAGGAAGUGAGCAGUCUUAGUCCGAGUGCUUAUGAAUGUACUUUUUAUUGUGUGAAUGAAAGAGAAUUCGGGCUGUAUGUAGCUACAAAACAUGUUUAAUAAUGGCUGCAAAUGCAUAAACAUUUCCAGAUUACUAUGGAACGCGUACACCAUGUGCUUCUAUAUCUUCACAUUUUCACAAAUUAUUCAUAAUAACUUGCAUACCAAUUAAUUUCCUUCAUUAUUAUCAGUUUAGAACAUAGCAAAAGUGAACAAGCUAAUGGUUCUCUGGAUUUUUUAUUUAUUUAUUAGUAUAAGUGAUUUUGAAUUUUAUUUUUCAACUAAAUGCUAAAACAACUCAAGAUCUCAUUAUCACACUUCAACUGUACAUUUUUCAACCAGCAUUCUGUUACCUCGAGAAAUUAAGACAUUUCAGUUAGUUUUCGGAUCGAAAUCCUCAAUUGCUGGAGCCAGAGCAGAUGUUAUUUAAGGUAACAUAGUUCUGUCCCUUUGCCUGUAGUCAGUCUACAGAAUAUGAUUUUCAGAAGAACCUCAAAUCUACACAAAUGUGAUACGUGUCCAAUUUGCAUAUUUCAUUCCAGUAAAUUCAGGGAAAUUCUAAUCCAUCUGUCAUUUAGCACAACAGGAAAAAGGAACAGUUUCUUCUCUGCAAUAAAAAAAUAAUUUUAAGAAUCGCCAAUCUUCAUCUACCGGCUGUAGUUCCCACAAGAACAUUCAAUACACAAUGGAAUCCAAGAAAGGAUUUAAAUUGUUUUAGAAUGUAAGAUGGCUGAAAAACGUUAUUGUACUGAGCUGAUAUUGCAUUACUGGAAAGUGAGAGAAAGAAGCCCAGGAUGUCUUAUGUUGUAAAUGUUGCUUUGCACUUUUGAGAUUUGUUUGCAAUGCAAGUCAUUUUUAAAAGGCUUCUUUUGUAUGUGAAGCUGAGGCCAUCAGCAUGAGCAUUUGGGAGCUUUAAUGUGUGCUGUAAAUUAAUCUAUAAAAUAACCAGCCUGUAAACAUGAUUGAUCAUUGUGUAGUCUCUCCCAGAUUUUAUUACAGGAGAGGUAAUUGAGCUUCAUAAAAAUAUCCCCUUAAUAGGCUGAAAAAAAGAGAGGAAUAUCUGUGCUUUUAUGCUUUUAAUUCUGUUUCUGUACAACUCUUCUCACAGUGUUUCCUUACUGCCAAACUACUACUGCCACAUUAAAUGGGGACCAUCACAGCUUUGGACAAAAUGUGCACAGUAAACAGUAUAAUACCAAUUCAUAACUCAAUUAUACUGCGUAUUUUGGUUAUUAAACUACAAUGGUGUGUUUUAUAUUAAGGUAGUUCUUAGUUUCAAAUGGAUGCUUGCAAUUGUACUGGUAUGACAUGUAUGCAGUAAGGCCUGGCAUACUGCAUACAGCCCCAAGGUUCAGUGGUCCAAUAUAUGUAGGACAGGGAAAGGCUAAUGCUUUUCAUUUUUUAGAAAGACAAUUAGUUUUUGCAAAUAAAUUGCCGUGGCUUUCAUGCUGAAUUUGAACACGCAUUGAUAAUUUCCCUGAAAUCUUAUAUGAUCUCAUCCCUUUUUCUUUGUCAUGCUAUUCCUAUUCUUUGCCAAAACUUUGACUGUAGUGAAACUCCCCUUUCCAUGGCAGUAUGCUCCUUUCUUUACUGUAUAUUACCAUAUAAAAGGCAAAGCAGUUUUUUGUUUGUCAGACCUCCCUGAUUCAGCUACACUCGUGCCAUAUGAUCCAGGCCUGUAUCUUUUCUUCUGUUCUCUGCUCAUUUUGAUCAUCUGAUCCUGUGUUUACAUGUCAAAACAUUUGCCUCUCAUUGUGUCUGUAAAGAUUGUAACCUCCAUGCCUUCCUGCUGUGCAGCAUUACAAACAAAAUGCAUCAGCGUAUUUCCUA